UUUUGAUUGAUAAAUUUUUUUCGUAAUUUCCUUGACACAUCGCUGACUCAGUUCGUAGUAAUUUGUCAACAGCCAUAUAUGGAAAUAUAUAUAUAUAUGACAUAUAAUCAAAAUGUCAAGCUACUCUUCGCUAUUUCGAGUACCUUCGCCAUUCCGGGUACAAACUAAUUUCGAGGAAAAUUCCCUACCUGCUAGAUCUAACGCUGUAUCCAUAAGAUAUAGUGAAAUCCUGGUAUUUUGUAUCGUUCUAGGUGAUAACACUGAAACUGCUUUCCCGGUUAAACUUCCUAGUGACAAGAAAAUUGGGGAACUCAGGGAAUUAAUCACUAAAAUAAAUCCAAUGAGUUUCGCCAAUAUUGACGCAAAAGACUUAAUCCUAUGGCAAGUUAGUAUUUCUGACGAAGAUGUCGAAAGAAUGAAAAUUCUUAAUACCAAGCCUCCUUCUGAUAUUAACAUUGAAGAACUUGGGGGUAAGGUUAUGUCCUCUAGGAAAGAAAUUAAAUUUUACUUCUCUGAAGAUCCAGUCGAUGAACAUAUCCACAUAAUAAUCGUCCGGCCACAACCGCCCGCCACCACUGGUCCCUCUCAUCAAGGCGUUCCACAAGUGACGUCGAUCGAAGAUGCCAUGAAAAAGAUUUUGGAGGGAAUUCAUAAACAAAUGAACGUAGACAAUGUAGACAAUAAUAAGCCCAAGCCCAUGGCUCUAAAACAACGUGACCUUAAGCAAGCUAUUGAUGUGAUUGACAGGAAUUUUUGUAAUUCCUUAGAUAAAAAAGAAGCUAUAAAAAAAGAAACUCCCACGGCAAAGACAAACUAUCGAAUCCUUUUAUGCGGUGGGGCACCUGGCAUAGGUAACUUUCAUACAUUCUCUUGUAUGUUUUUACAGCAGAUAAAGCGGUUUUAGCCUUCUAAUUAACAAAUUCAAACUAUAAUUCACUAGGAAAGACACGUUAUGGAGUUGAAUUGUUUAAUUGUCUCUACAAAGAAUGGAAGAUAUCAAAAGGCCAAAAGCCUUACAUGCUUUACAUGCUUCUUGAUUUCUCUAAUGGCUAUGCUUUAGAUGAAUACGAAAUCCAAGGAGAUAUGAAAAUUGCAUCGG